CGGGGCGGCGGGGCGGCGGCGCGUGUGGCGGGGCGUGUUCUGCCGCCCCAGGUGCCGCGGGCCGGGCCCCGCCGCGGGCGCUGACCGGGUCUGUGUCUGCUGUGCCCGCAGGAACCCCGCGGUCGCUCGGCCGCCGGGACUCUCAGCGCGCGAGGCGAGGCGAGGCGAGGCGAGGCGAGGCGAGCUCGGAACAAACAUCGCAUCUAAUUUAAAAAAAAAGAAAAGCGGAAGAAGCGGCCGAGGCGGCGGCGGGAGGAGGCGGCGGCGGCGGCGGCGGCGGAGGAGGAGGGGCCGCGCGCGGCGGCGGGGACGCGGGGACGCGGGGACGCGGCUUUGUGCUGGAGGGUCGCGGGGCGCCCAUGGCGGAGUGCGGCCGGGGGGGCGCCGCCGGCGGGGCUCUGCCCACGGCUCCGGGCCCGGCGCUCGGCGCCCAGGGCGCCCUGAAAGCGGGAGCCGGGGAAGGCGGCGGCGGGCACGGGCGGGCGCGCGGUGACAGCGGCGGCGUGUCCAACGGAGACUGCAGCCUCGGCGCGGCGGGGGACGAAGCCCGGCCCGGCCCGCACAGGGGGCCCCGCGGCCACGGCGCCGCGCCCGCCCCGGCGCCCAGCCCGGCCUCCUGCGCGCUCCCCAGGGACGGCAGACAGGGCGGCCUGCCCCGCCGGAGCAGCAUCAUCAAGGAUGGUACAAAACAGAAAAGAGAGCGGAAAAAGACCGUCUCAUUCAGCAGCAUGCCGACAGAGAAGAAGAUCAGCAGAGCGAGUGAUUGCAUCAACUCCAUGGUUGAGGGCUCAGAACUCAAAAAGCUUCGCUCCAACUCUAGAAUCUACCACAGGUAUUUUUUGCUGGAUGCUGACAUGCAGAGCCUGAGGUGGGAACCAUCGAAGAAAGAUUCUGAGAAAGCCAAGAUUGACAUCAAAUCCAUCAAGGAAGUGAGAACAGGCAAAAACACAGACAUAUUCCGCAGCAAUGGCAUUUCUGACCAGAUAUCUGAAGACUGUGCGUUUUCAGUCAUCUACGGGGAGAAUUAUGAGUCACUCGAUUUGGUUGCCAACUCUGCAGAUGUUGCCAACAUCUGGGUUACGGGACUGCGGUACCUAAUUUCUUAUGGGAAACAUACCCUUGAUAUGUUAGAAAGCAGUCAAGACAACAUGAGGACUUCUUGGGUUUCACAACUGUUUAGUGAGAUCGAUGUAGAUAAUCUUGGACAUGUAACUCUGUGCAAUGCUGUGCAGAGUAUCAGAAACCUCAACCCUGGUUUAAAAAUCAGCAAAAUCGAGCUCAAGUUCAAAGAACUGCACAAAUCCAAGGACAAAGCUGGCACUGAUGUCACAAAGGAGGAGUUUGUUGAAGUUUUCCAUGAGCUUUGUACGAGACCUGAAAUUUACUUCCUUUUAGUGCAGUUUUCAAGCAAUAAAGAAUACCUUGACACCAAGGACCUUAUGAUGUUUCUUGAAGCUGAGCAGGGUGUGGCACAUAUUAAUGAGGAAAUAAGCCUUGAGAUCAUUCACCAAUAUGAGCCAUCCACAGAGGGUCAGGAAAAAGGCUGUCUCUCCAUAGAUGGGUUCACUAAUUACCUUAUGUCACCUGAGUGUUACAUCUUUGAUCCGGAGCAUAAGAAGGUCUGUCAGGACAUGAAGCAGCCUCUGUCACAUUACUUUAUAAACUCAUCUCACAACACGUACUUAAUAGAGGAUCAGUUCCGAGGGCCCUCGGAUAUCACAGGCUACAUUCGAGCCCUUAAAAUGGGUUGCCGGAGUGUUGAGCUAGAUGUAUGGGAUGGGCCAGAUAAUGAGCCCGUCAUCUAUACAGGCCACACCAUGACCUCUCAGAUUGUCUUCCGCAGUGUCAUUGAUGUUAUUAACAAGUAUGCGUUCUUCGCCUCAGAGUAUCCCCUCAUCCUGUGUUUGGAAAACCACUGUUCUAUUAAACAGCAGAAGGUGAUGGUUCAACACAUGAAGAAAAUCUUAGGAGACAAGCUCUAUACAACAUCACCCAAUGUGGAAGAGUCUUACCUGCCAUCCCCAGAUGUCCUGAAAGGGAAGAUACUUAUUAAAGCAAAGAAACUGUCCUCCAGUUGCUCUGGAGGAGAAGGAGAUGUCACGGAUGAAGACGAAGGAGCAGAAAUGUCUCAGAGGAUGGGGAGAGAGAGUGCGGAGCAGCCACCCAACAAUGUGCCCGUGAGGCGAUUUCAGCUCUGCAAGGAGCUGUCCGAACUGGUGAGCAUCUGCAAGUCAGUUCAGUUCAAAGAAUUUCAAGUGUCAUUUCAGGUUCAGAAGUACUGGGAGGUCUGCUCUUUCAAUGAAGUGCUGGCCAGCAAAUACGCCAAUGAAAACCCAGGGGACUUUGUAAAUUACAACAAACGUUUUCUGGCCAGGGUCUUCCCGAGUCCAAUGAGAAUUGACUCCAGUAACAUGAACCCUCAAGAUUUUUGGAAAUGUGGUUGCCAAAUCGUAGCCAUGAACUUCCAGACUCCAGGCCUGAUGAUGGACCUGAACAUCGGCUGGUUCCGUCAGAACGGGAACUGUGGCUACGUCCUCCGGCCAGCCAUCAUGAGGGAGGAGGUCUCCUUUUUCAGUGCCAACACGAAAGACUCUGUCCCGGGCGUCUCGCCUCAGCUUCUUCAUAUCAAAAUCAUCAGUGGGCAGAACUUCCCCAAGCCCAAAGGGUCCGGUGCCAAAGGCGAUGUGGUGGACCCCUAUGUCUAUGUGGAAAUCCACGGGAUCCCUGCUGACUGUGCUGAACAAAGGACAAAAACCGUGUGCCAGAACGGAGACACCCCUAUCUUUGAUGAGAGCUUUGAGUUUCAGAUCAACCUUCCCGAGCUGGCCAUGGUGCGCUUUGUCGUGCUGGAUGAUGACUACAUUGGGGACGAGUUUAUCGGGCAGUACACCAUCCCCUUUGAGUGUUUACAGACCGGGUACCGACAUGUCCCCCUGCAGUCCCUGACGGGAGAGGUCCUAGCACAUGCCUCCUUGUUUGUCCACGUGGCCAUCACUAACAGACGAGGAGGCGGGAAACCUCAUAAGAGGGGCCUGUCUGUGAGGAAAGGGAAGAAAUCCAGGGAAUAUGCAUCUUUGAGAACGUUGUGGAUUAAAACCGUGGAUGAGGUUUUUAAGAACGCUCAGCCCCCUAUACGGGAUGCCACUGAUCUACGAGAGAACAUGCAGAAUGCAGUGGUGUCAUUCAAGGAGCUGUGCGGCCUCUCCUCUGUGGCCAACCUCAUGCAGUGCAUGUUAGCGGUGUCCCCUCGCUUUCUGGGGCCUGACAACAGCCCCCUUGUGGUCCUGAAUCUCAGCGAGCCGUAUCCCACGAUGGAGUUACAGGGAAUCGUGCCCGAGGUUCUGAAGAGGAUCGUGACAACUUACAAUACGAUGAUCCAGUCCCUCAAGGCGCUGAUCGAGCAUGCAGACACUGUCUAUGAGAAGAUCGUGCACUGUCAGAAGGCGGCCAUGGAAUUCCAUGAACACUUGCACAGCAUAGGCACCAAGGAGGGCCUGAAGGAAAGAAAACUACAAAAGGCAGUGGAGAGCUUUACCUGGAAUAUCACCAUCUUAAAGGACACAUUCAGAGGAACGGACACAGGCUAGAGAGCCCAAAUACAAGGUGGGUCAGGCCUGGUUCAAGCAACUUCAACAGCUUAUCUACUGGGAAACUGCUCGUGGGUCAUAGCUUCGUGAGUCAGUGAAAGUAAGCAUUGAUCAGAAAGUCUAAAGGGAAGAGGAGCUGGGGGUGAGAUGAGUGGUGGUUCUGAGCAGUGAUGUGGGCGGAAGCUUGUAAAUAUACGCCUCUCCAGAAACCAGUCUAGCACUGCUAACUGUGAAAUGGACAGAGCACAGCAGGAAGCAGUGAGACCUGAGGUCAGUGGAGAAUUCUUGUCAUUUCUAAAGAUGUGCUAAUUCAGAUUCAACAACAAAACCAGCCCACAUAGCCACGACCACAUAGCCAGCCACACGAGCCAGAGCGCCAUCCUUUGGGCCUCACAAGCUCCAUCUCCAGAACUGUUUCAUAACCCAUAGCUGUGAGGUUCGUCCACCAAGGGGAUUCUGGUGAGAUGUACAUGUGCUCCUAUUUACCAAGCCGCUGUCGUUUUGCAGUGCUACUGUUUGACUUUUCCGAUUUACUUCAGCAAAAAAAAGCACCGGGUGCCAGGAUCUCCACGUAACGUGCAGAGACAAGGGAGAAGGGAAACAACUGCCUGAUCUGGGGACGAGAUGGAAUAGAGGGAUUUUUCUGCAGUUUUCUUCCCGCAUCUGUGUCAGCUCAUGGCACUUGCUAUGGAUAUAAAUAUUCAUGUGACUAUAAAUAUUCAUAUGAAUCUGAUUUGAAUGCUGAUUGAGAAAGGCAAACUGGGGUCAUGCCCACAUAAUUUAGGAGGGUUCGGUAAGAAUCAAAUUUGGGGACUUUUUUUUUUUUUUUAGUCACUGUAAGAACACUCCACAGAAUGUAUCUCCUUAGGACCAAGAUAACUUAUCAGGUAGGGUGCGUGCCUUGCCACGUGUGGCCAAGGUUCAAGCCCCAGCAUCAUAUGGGAAUACAAUGGCCCUGGGAGACAUGCUAACACUGUCAUUUCUCGUUGAGUGAAAAAGUCGCCCUGGGAGCAGUGAGACAGCACGUGUGAGUUAUAAAAUUAAAAAGAAAUCCCUUUCAGGCUUAGAUAUGUGGAUAAGAUGGUACAGUAACCCUUCAGACCUGGACAUGGCUUCUGGGUCAUCAAAGUUGAUCUUAGUCAAGACAUAUAAGCCGAGGCCUGAGAUGCCAAGAAGCCAUUCAAGACACAGAGUGAGCCAGCUCUGGGGACUUCUGUAGCUCCAAUUUCAGUUCCUUCAAACUUGCUCCUGUAGCUUUUGUCUAGUUUUUUGCUUAACAGAAGUUGUGUGUUUGAAAACAA